AUGUUCCGCUUCAACAACCCUGAACCGCCGUCCACGCCUGGUAGGCAGCGUCGCGAAGGUCACAAUGGACCCUCAACCACGCCUGCAGGCCCACCGCCCGACAGAUCGAUGCUCGCCUCCCCAACACACGCCCUACCACCGCCCAAGAGGAACACCCUCUUUGAUCCUUCUGCCCGCCCCACAUUCGACAAGCCCAUCUCCUACGGCUUUGACAACUCCUUCUUCGCCAGCUCUCCCCCCAAGCAAGAUUACCUCGAGGGCAUUGGCUUUGGCUCCAUAGGCACAUCCAGCACCGGCAGGCCCUCGGUUCCGCGUGGACGACCUACUUCUGGUAACAGCAUGGCAGCUGGGGCGGGUAGCUUCCAAGUCCCAGAACCCUCAUCAGACAGAGAUGCCGAGGGCGAGUCUGACGACGACGAAGAAUACGACGACGACAUGGACGACGAAGACGAGUACGAAGACGAGGAAGAGCAGCACGCUUCACCACGGCGCCCAAAGACACAGAACAGCUUCUCACAGUCUGUCAUUUCGAGAGCAAGUACCAACGACAUGGAACCCGGGCCUACGCUUGUGCGCGCCGGUGUCAAGCAGAAAAAGUUCGAUUUCGUCGCCUUGGCCAAGAGCCAAACCUCAAGCAACGAUCGUGCGACAUUGCAGGACACAGACCAUGCCAUUCUAGAGACUGAACGAUUGCUGGAGAAGGUGCACGAUUCCAUUCACUCGGGAUCGGCGGAAACAAGGGCGGAGGUGCUGAGUGCGAGUGUGCGAGACUUGGUCGCAUUAUGGCACGCCUCCGCAAGCAAAGCGUCCAAGACCGACCCGUCUUCUUCCAGUCAAUCUGGCGCUAUCAGUGGCCUCACUCAUGCCAGCCGGUUGGCGGACCUAUGGUUGAGUAUCCACCAUCCUCCUCCGCUCACACACACCCCACGAAAGUCUGCUCUCUCCCUUGUGCCCUCGAGGUCCGAAUCGAAACAGUACACCCCGAUCCCCAAGGUCAUGCUCGAUUGGCUCAACAGCACAUGCUCGGGCAUGUCAGAAGUGGAGGUGGUUUUGAAGGCGCAUGGCUACUCCAAGCACCCGUCCUUUUGGGAAGCAGUCCAUGUCACAGUUGUGCGAGGCUACUUUGCGGAAACGCUAAAGUUGCUACAAGGUGCCGAUCUUGAAGUUGCCGAGAGCGCGCAGCAGGAUGGUUUGGGCCACACUGGAUACACCGGCGCGCAUCUUCGUUAUGCGAAUGAUGCAAUGCGGGCGGCAAUUGAUCUCAUCCAUGAAUGUCCGGCUGUUGCGAAUGGAGACUGGGAUGUCAAGGGUCAUGAUUGGAGCAUUUUCCGCCAACGUGUACAUCAAGCCUACAAUGGGCUUGAGGAAAUGGCAGAGGGCGAGAGCGCUAGCCGGCAUGCUGUCUCACAACCAUUCCAGGCAUCGCACUUUGGUAUUUCACAAACACAGGCCAGCUUCCAAUUGAGUGUGGCGAGUAGAAAGGUCGAGAGCAAAGUGCCUUGGACCGUCUACGAGAAUCUGCGAAAGCUGUACCAGCUCUUGUUAGGCAACGAGGAAGAGAUUCUCGCCAUUUCAGCCGACUGGAUCGAAGCGGCCCUCGCUCUUUCGAUCUGGUGGAAUGGAGAGGAAGAAGAAGAACCUGUCCAAGGCAGCCUUGCAGCCAGUCGACGUUCAAUCAUGCGUCAACAUCGAGUUCGCUCGGUGGACGUAACGCCCGUAAAGGCAUACUGUCAACGGCUGUCUGCUUCUUUGGCGGCAGUCACUGCAAGCUGCGACGAUGAUUUUGGCGUGAACGUCGUUGAUCGCUUCGAGAUUGGACUGGCCGCUAUCCUAGACGAUGAGCCUGAAGCUGUGUUGCAAAUCAUCCGCAGCUGGUCGCUGACAAUGGCGUCCGCUGUAGCGGAGAUUGCCAAUGACGGGGGUUGGUUCACGCGCGCGAAUGGCCUGAUGGAGCAAUUCGAUCAGAGCGAUCUCAUGGUGCUGAGCUACAACGAACUACAACCCAGGCGCAUAUCCAAGGAUGACCUGCAAAUAUCUUAUGCUAACAUGUUGGCAUCAAAAGGCCAGCUCACCGGCGAAGAUGGCCAGACGUCACGGGAAGGAUGGGAAAUUGCGAUCCAAGUGCUUGGGAGGCUGGACGAUAGUAUCACAGCCAGCGACCGCAUCGAGCGAAUUCUCAACGAGCUUCCUCUCGAGUCGGCAGACAGAGUCGACAAGAUCACAAAGCUAUGUCAUAGCAUGAGUCUCGAGCAACACGCCCUAACUAUCGCCCAAAAAUAUGCCGAUCACCUCCGCACAAAUACUCACAGCUACGGUGACACCCUCCUCUACUACGCUCGGGCCCACGACGCGCCACAUGUCCAAGAAGUCCUGCGCGUCCUUGUCGCCCACUGUCUCGUCAAGUCCGCCGCCUACCCCCCUGUCGACGAACUCGACGAUUCCCUCUCCUCCCUCAUCUCCUCGCCUAAGCAAACACUCACGAAGCUCGCCAAUUUCGACCCGGAAGCCGCAUCGCUCCUCUCCAAUCAUCUCAGCGGGUACGCGACGAUUCGAAAAUUCUACGAGCUGAGAGACGAGGAGGUACUCUGCAAGGCGGGAGAAAAGCCGGCGCAUCGACCCAUGGCGCGGAAACGCGCGGCGGCAAACGCACUCAUGGUCAUCAUUGCAAGUGCGGCUUCUAGCAUCAAAGGCGGUCUGUAUGAUCCAGAGGUUGAAACCGUGGUCCAAGUCGACGUUCUCCUCCCCCUACUAGGAGAGGCCCUCGUCUUCAUUGAUCAACCAAAACGCACCCUCACUCUCCCACACAUGUACACCCUCCUCGCCGCAAUCGAGGACCUCGACACCGCACCUAGCAUGAUCCGCGCCCAAUGCGAAGAAGUCCUUUCCACAACCCUCGCUGCCGCUUACUCUUCUUCAUCUGACUCUGACUCUUCCCCUCACAACUACCGCCACAAUGAACAACAACACCCGGCCUCCAAUCUCUCAAGCACAUAUAGCCUCAUCGGUUCCACGGACUUUUCAGCACCAAACUCUACACACGCCUCCGCCGUCUUGGUCCACGGCGGCGGUAUCCGCGAUGCGAAGCGCGGCUGGGAUUGGCGGAGGGGGGUCAAGAGGGGCGUUGGUGGGAGUCGGGUGUUGGCCUUGUUGAGGCUAGGGCUGGCGAGGGAGAUUGCGAGGGCGUUUGCUGAGGGGGAUGUUUGA